AUGAAAUACGCAACAACAAACCUUAAGUUACAGUGUUACACAGAAAUCAGAGGUGAGAAACAGAAUUCCAGCCGAACAGCAGUACGCGAAGGCGAAGAUAUCUGUCUGGUGGGACAUAGAGAACUGCCAGUGUCGAUUUCCGCUUACGGCGACACCAAUCGGAUCCCUGCGUCUGUGCAGCAAGGCCUCAACAGUACCGGCAUCUCUUUGAAUCACGUGCCCGCCGGUGUGAAAGAUGCAAGUGACAAGAAAAUAUUGGUAGACAUGUUAUUUUGGGCAGUAGAUAACCCUGCCCCAUGCAAUUAUCUGUUAAUUUCUGGUGACCGGGAUUUCUCAAAUGCAUUACAUCAAUUAAGAAUGAGGAAAUACAACAUUCUUUUAGCUCAACCUCAGAAAGCUUCCAUAUCCCUCCUUGCUGCUGCUAAAAGUGUAUGGCUAUGGACCAGUCUUUUGGCCGGAGGUCCACCAAUAACUACCGGUGAAUCACCCACACCUGAUACCACCUACAACCACACUCCACCUUCUAACUCACUACAUACUCCAGCUCCCGAGUCAACUCAUAUGCAUCAACCCUUUGACAACCACAUGUAUCCACAUCCACAUCCCCAGCAAUUUGCAAAUAUGGCAAUGCCUCCUAACUAUCUUUCUCAUCUUCAAAGGGCCAUCCAAGAGGCCAAUUAUAUGGAAGAAAAAACCCGUUUAUCUUCAAACCCGGGUGAGAAACGAAAAUUUGAAGGAAAGAAUCCUAAGAAGGGAGGGAUUCCUCUGUGUCUAAGUUGUAACAAAUAUCAUUCGGGUGAGUGUCAGUGCCCACGAUGUUUCCGAUGUGGACAGUUGGGUCAUAUAAGCACUGACUGCCCGAAUAAAGAAAUUACGUGUUUCAGAUGUGGUGAAGGUGGUCACAAAUCUGACACGUGUCCAAAGAAAUAUGUUGCACCUAAGAAAGCUAAUAAGAAAAAAGUGUCCCCCAUAAAAAAAGAAGCGAGUGAUGCUUCACGAUGUUACCUCUGUGGGAAUUUGGGUCAUAAAAGAUCCAAUUGCCCGAAUGAAGGUCAACAGGUAACAUGUUUUGGAUGUGGUCAACUUGGUCACAAAGCUGGUGAGUGUCCAAAGAAUAAACAGAAUGGUGAAAGUAGUAAGAAAGCUGACACGAGUCCAAUUAAAGAAGAUGAUGGUUCAACUUCAAUUGCUUUAGCUAAGAAAACCGAAUUACAAUCCGAACCGCAGAUACAAGUAUUAAACAUGACUACCGCAGAAGCGGUGGUGGUGAUUCCUGAUGUCAAUGUCGUCUCCUCAGCUGUCCAUGUAAGUCAUGAAGAUGGAUUAUCUAGCCCUCCCUUCUGAGACUUAAGGUUUUCCUCAUACAAGACUUGCCUUGCCUUGAGUUGAAGUUUUCAAAAAGAUGUUCUAAUCUCUAGUUUGAACUGUUUGGCUUACCAUGGUUGUACAUUUUAAAUUUAUUGAACAAAAAUCUGCAGUUAUCUUAUGCUUCAUUUCUCUAUUUUUGCAUUUUUUUAGUUGAUUGACACUCUCCUUUGAAUUGAGAAAGUAUAUUUUAAUAUUGUGCUUUCAUUUUUUUCUUUUUCUUUCUAUUAAGACAUUGUGC